AUGCCCAAAGCCAUCACCCGCAAGCCCAAAAAAAUGGAGUCCCAGUGGGACAAUUCCUCGGGCUUAAAAGAUGUUGUUCAUCUCAAGCAGCCUUUGAAAAGCAGGCUAAAGAAAUGGCUGAAACAUUUAUCUCUAGAAGCUAAUCAAAAAGACAGGUUAAGAAAGCCUCGGUCAGAGCACGUUAUACAGCUAGGAGUGACCUUCUAUAUAGUCAACGUAAGCAAGCAGCAUUAUGAAGAGGUUAAAAAUCAGUAUAAGGAAGCAAUAACAUUUAAGACCAUUUUUCCAGAGUCAACCGGAGAAUGGGCAAUUUUUGAUGAAUCUGCCAAGAAAGAUGAUGAAGUGUUCCGUAUGGCAGUCGCCGACCUUAAUCUGAAUGAAGAAAUCUUGCAGACAGAAAAAAUCACAUUUUCUGUCACUUUUGUGGAUGGGAAUAAUCCUUUUCAAGUUGUCCAAGAAGCCUGUGACCUUAUGAACCAAGGCAUAUUGGCCCUUGUCAGCUCUAUUGGAUGUGCAUCAGCAGGAUCUUUGCAGUCUUUGGCAGAUGCCAUGCAUAUUCCUCACCUUUUCAUCCAACGAUCUACAGCAAGAACUCCAAGAAGUGGCUGUGUGCUGAAUAGGAGCAAUAGGAUUGAUGAUUACACAUUGUCUGUCCGCCCACUAGUCUAUCUGAAUGAUGUUAUCUUAAGAGUCGUCACAGAAUAUGCUUGGCAAAAAUUUAUCAUCUUCUACGACACCAACUAUGAUAUCCGUGGAAUUCAAGAGUUUUUGGAUAAAGUAUCUCAGCAGGGAAUGGAUGUAGCUCUGCAGAAGGUAGAAAACAACAUUAAUAGGAUGAUCACAGGACUCUUUGCCUCAAUGCGAAUAGAAGAGCUGAAUCGCUAUAGGGACACACUGAGAAGGGCUAUUUUAGUUAUGAGUCCAACUACUGCCAAAUCCUUCAUUACUGAGGUUGUGGAAACUAAUUUGAUUGCUUUUGACUGUCACUGGAUCAUUAUAAAUGAGGAAAUAAAUGAUUUGGAUGUGCAAGAAUUGGUCAGGAGGUCAAUUGGAAGGUUAACAAUUAUCCGGCAGACAUUUCCACUUCCACAUAAUGUGAGCCAGCGCUGCUUCCGUGGCAACCACAGAAUAUCAGCAACACUUUGUGAUCCUAAAGACCCAUUUACACAAAAUAUGGAGAUCACCAAUCUGUACAUGUAUGACACUGUUCUCUUGCUAGCUAAUGCUUUUCACAAGAAACUUGAAGAUCGAAAGUGGCACAGCAUGGCCAGUCUUACCUGUAUCAGAAAGAACUCAAAGCCAUGGCAAGGAGGUGGAUCUAUGUUAGAAACUGUCAAAAAGGGAGCUGUGAGCGGGCUGACUGGAGUUUUGGAAUUCAAUGAUGAUGGUGUAAAUCCUAAUGUGUACUUUGAGAUUCUUGGGACAAACUAUGGUGAAGAACUUGGUAGGGGUGUUCGAAAACUUGGCUCAUGGAACCCAGUUACAGGUCUUAAUGGAUCUUUGACAGACAGAAGACUGGAAAAUAACAUGAGAGGUGUUGUGCUACGUGUUGCAACUGUACUGGAAGACCCUUUUGUGAUGGUCUCAGAAAAUGUGUUGGGGAAACCAAAGAAAUACCAAGGCUUCUCUAUUGACAUCCUUGAGGCCUUAUCGACUUAUUUGGGCUUUAAAUAUGAAAUAUACAUUGCACCAGAUCAUAAAUAUGGAAGCCUUCAGGAGAAUGGCUCUUGGAAUGGGAUAAUAGGUGAACUACUUUUAAAGAAAGCUGACAUGGGAAUUUCUGCUUUGACUAUUACACCAGACCGAGAGAAUGUAGUAGACUUUACAACCCGCUACAUGGAUUACUCGGUAGGAGUCCUACUAAGAAGAGCAGAGAAAACUGUGAACAUGUUUGCAUGUUUGGCUCCAUUUGAUCUGUCUCUUUGGGCCUGUAUUGCUGGAACUGUACUUUUGGUUGGUCUCUUGGUCUAUCUACUGAACUGGCUAAAUCCUCCACGUCUACCAGUGGGAUCAAUGACCUCUACAACACUCUACAACUCUAUGUGGUUUGUGUAUGGAUCUUUUGUGCAACAAGGAGGUGAAGUACCCUAUACUACACUAGCCACUCGCAUGAUGAUGGGAGCCUGGUGGUUGUUUGCUUUAAUUGUCAUCUCUUCCUACACAGCAAACCUAGCAGCGUUUUUGACAAUAUCUCGCAUUGAAAGUUCUAUUCAAUCUCUCCAGGAUCUCUCAAGACAGACUGAUAUACCUUAUGGCACAGUUUUUGACUCAGCGGUUUAUGAACAUAUCCGGGUAAAGGGAAUGAAUCCAUUUGAAAGGGAUAGCAUGUAUUCUCAAAUGUGGCGGAUGAUUAACAGGAAUAAUGGAUCCGAAAAUAAUGUACAAGAAUCUCUAGACGGCAUUCAAAAGGUGAAACAUGGAAAUUAUGCUUUUGUGUGGGAUGCAGCUGUGCUGCAAUAUGUGGCAAUAAACGACCAAGACUGUUCUUUUUACACAAUAGGGAAUACAAUUGCAGACAGAGGAUAUGGAAUUGCUCUUCAGCACGGCAGCCCUUACAGAGAUAUCUUUUCACAAAGAAUAUUAGAGCUACAGCAGAAUGGAGACAUGGAUAUAUUAAAGCAUAAAUGGUGGCCCCGAAAUGGGCAAUGUGACUUGUAUUCCUCAGUAGACACAAAACAAAAAGGAAGUGCCCUGGACAUUAAAAGCUUUGCUGGUGUAUUCUGUAUCCUUGCUGCUGGAAUAGUCCUUUCCUGCUUCAUAGCAAUGGUGGAAACUUGGUGGAGCAAGAGGAAAGGAUCACGAGUACCUUCAAAAGAGGAUGACAAAGAAAUUGACCUGGAACAUCUCCACCGACGUGUAAACAGCCUUUGUACAGAUGACGACAGCCCACAUAAACAGUUUUCUACAUCAUCAAUUGAUCUGACACCACUAGACAUUGAUAAUUUGCCAACACGUCAAACUUUGGAGCAAAUAAGUGACUUCAGGAACACUCAUAUAACCACUACAACCUUUAUACCAGAGCAAAUACAGACUCUUAGCCGCAAUUUGUCUUCUAAAGCUGCUUCUGGUUUUUCCUUUGGCAACGUGCCUGAGCACCGAACUGGUCCUUUUAGACAUAGGGCACCUAAUGGAGGAUUUUUCAGAAGUCCUAUUAAAACUAUGUCAUCUAUCCCUUACCAGCCAACUCCUUCUCUAGGUCUCAAUCUUGGUAAUGACCCUGACCGAGGCACCUCCAUAUGA